UAUAAAUUAUCCUAUAAUAAUAAAUUAUGACUCAUCUAGUUAAGAAAUAUUUCUAAAUGAAGCAUUGUGAUUGGCUCAAAUACUUAUGCCACCUGUUCUUCAUAUGAAAAACUAAUUACCAAACUCAUGUUUCAUUAAAACUACGCGUGUGUUGAAUAACAGAAGAGAAUUUUAUUGUGUUUAUAUAUAUAUAUAUAUAUUUUAUUAAAUUUAAAAGAACAAAUAAUAAUAAUAAUAACAAUAUUUUAAACAAUAUUGUUAAUAUUUGCAAUUAGUGACAACAAGUGUAUGAACUCGUUAACAUGGAAAAGAAAAUUGUAUUAUCUAUUUUUCUACUAAGUAUACUAAUCAGUAAAGGGGAAAGUCUUCUUUGUUAUAGAUGCAACAGUAAUCAUCCAGGGUGUGGCACUCCAUUAAAUUGGUUGUGGUACUGGGGAGAAUCUUGUCCAGAGUACGAUGACAAAUGCGUUAAAAUAAUUGAAAGAAAAGGGGCUCAGACCAUCAUUACAAGAGAAUGCUUGAGUUCAGUACGCAGCUUCAGAACAGAUAUACCAGCCGAUCGUUAUGAAGGAUGUCGUCCUGCUGCAAAAGAUGUUCGUCUAGGACAUUACGUUAAUAAUAGUAUUCAUCAGCUAGAUAUCCAUAGAGAUUAUUACGAUGAAGUAACAUGGUGUUUCUGUUAUUUUGAUAACAGAUGCAACAGUGCAACUAAUUUUAAUAUUUCUAUCAUUUUGUUAGUUGUUUCUAGUAUUAUAGGAUAUUUUGCAACAUAAUGUUAAGAAUCAAUCAUCAUAGAUUUUGUUACACAAGUUACACAAAAUUCUUUUUCUAUUAAUUUUCAAAUAUUCAGAUCUGAACGCAUUUAUUUUGACGAAUAUAAAAUUAUUUGUUCAUGCUUUUAAAAUGAUUAGUUUUAUAAAACAAUGCAACUGAAGUGUUCUUAUGUGUGCCGUGCAAAAAAUAUUUUAUAGAUUUUUAUUGCCAAGCGUUAUCACGCUAAGAUACCAAUUUAAGAGUACAACAAAGUAAUCAUUAAAUAUUUAGUUAAAGUCAUAUACAUACGUCUUUAGAGAAAGAUUUUAAAUCUAAUAAUUGCACAGAAAUGUUUAACUCGAUUAAUCCGUCCAUAAAUAAGCAAUUAAUAGUUACAAUGUAUUAAUACUUUUAUAUUUAAAAAGAUGUUUUUUAUUAUUUUGGUUAGAAUGUUAUGUUAAUAACCCCUUGCAUUAUAAUAACGUAUAAGAUUCAUGAUACGUUUUGAAGCCUAAGUAUAAAAAACACGAAUCCUACACAUGACAAACAUAAGAAGCAUAAAAUGUAGCAAUAACUUUAGCAUGCAACUCAACUUGUUAAAUUG